AAAAAAUUAAACCCCCAGCUUUUUAACCUUUUCAUGGAUAUAAAAUUGGCUUAAUUCUUUACAUUUUGAAUAAGAUAAGACAUCAUUUUAAUUAUUUAAGAUUUCUUUCAAGUUUUGAAGGUAAAGGUGGGUUAAUAUUUCGGAUCCCUUAUAUCACUGUCAAAGAAAACAAAAAUAAUGGCAGUCAGCUGACGAUGUCGGAUCGGAUGUGCGUGUACACUAAUGUUGUAUAAUACUGGUUACUGCAGCUUUGAUAUGAAUUAAUGUGCUUGAGCAGGAUAACAUGUGGGUCAAGCCAGAAGAAGUUUUACUUGCCAAUGCAUUAUGGGUGACGGAGAGAGCAAACCCAUAUUUCGUCCUGCAGAGAAGGAAGGGUUAUGGAGGGGGUGGUCUAACUGGACUGCUGGUGGGGACCCUAGACACUGUCAUGGAUAGCAAGACCCCACCCUACAGAAUAUUGCAUCAGACACCAGCAUCAGAGAUCAGCUAUAGUGUAUCAGUGGCCAAUAACAGGGCAGAAAUCCAUAAAGACUGGGAAUGGAUAGAGCAGAAUAUGAUGGAGACCCUGGGUUCCUUUGAAAAUGAGGAAGAUGCCACAGAAUUUGUAAAGUGUAAGAUAGAGAGCAUGUUCACCCAUGAACACAAAACAGGGGAAGUGGAUGAAGAGGUUGAGAACUACAAAACUUCAACCAGAAAAUUCAUGAAGCUUUUUAAUAUGCCCAAGGAAGAAAAGCUUGUUAAUCAGUACUCAUGCAGUUUUUGGAAGAACAACAUCCCCCGGCAGGGCUGGAUGUACCUGAGUGUCAACCAUCUGUGUUUCUACUCUUUUCUGAUGGGUAAAGAGGCCAAGGUCAUCAUAAGAUGGACAGACAUUACGAAACUUGAAAAGGGUAACAAUAUGCUUUUUCCAGAGAGCAUAAAGGUAUCAACUAGAGAAGGGGAGUUUGUGUUUUCUAUGCUUCUGAGAAGUAGUGAAACUUUUAGAUUAAUGGAGCAGCUGGCAAAUAUGGCCAUGAAGCAGCUGAUGCAAGAAGGUGGUUUCGAAGAAGACAAAUCUAUUGUUGACAGAACUAAGAAGCGAACACCAAAGAGGAUGUCCUCCAUUAAAAGAGACCUUGAUGCGAGGGCAAGAAGUGAUGCUUUCAGGUCAGCCUUCUGUCUCCCCCUAGAUGAGAAGUUGGACGGUGACACAGACUGUGUCCUUUGGACGCCCUUCAACAAACAACAUGUGUGGGGCCGCCUCUAUCUGUCCAGUAACUAUAUCUGCUUUGCCAGCAGGGUUGAUAUUGUUGAGCAGUCAAUGGUUACGUCUCAGAGGCAAGUUCGUAAGCGUAAAGUCAGACGUGAACAUCCGAUCAUAAACAGCCAGGUGCGUGAUCUGGUUACCGUAGUGAUACCACUCCGUGAAGUGGUAUUGGUGGAAAAAGUAGACAAUGCUGCCAGUGGUGAAUUGGGAACAGAUUCUUUGGUUGUUACCACGAAAGGAAAGCAUAACUUCAUAUUCUCACAACUUCCAGUGCGUGAGUUCAUCCUGCAAAAACUGUCAGAUUUCUUAUCCAAAGUAGAAGAGCCCUCAGACAAAAGCCCCUCUAGACAAAACUCUACAUGUGAACCGGAAUCAUCAGCCCCAGAUGAAAUACAAUUCCAGCCAGCUUUGGUGAGUGUAUUUCAUCGACGGAACUCUGAUGAACUGUCAGCAAGAGAAACCAUUAAAGAGCACUUAUGGAAUGUUCACUUCUCGGAGUUUGGCAGGGGUGUUUGUAUGUAUCGAACUCACAAGACACAAGAACUGAUCCUGCAGGGAUUGCCAGAGAAGUUUAGAGGAGAAAUAUGGAUGCUGUUUUCAGGAGCCAUAAAUGAGAUGGCAACUAACAAGGGAUAUUACAGAAACCUUGUGGAACAGAGUCUUGGGAAGUACACACUAGCUAGUGAUGAAAUAGAGAGAGAUCUCCACAGGUCUCUCCCAGAACAUCCAGCUUUUCAGUCCGACCUUGGAAUAAGCGCUCUGAGGCGAGUGUUAACAGCGUACGCCUGGAGAAAUCCCACAAUAGGUUACUGUCAGGCUAUGAACAUCGUGACCAGUGUGUUGUUGCUGUACGUUAGUGAAGAGGAGGCCUUCUGGUUGUUGACGUCUAUUUGUGAGCGCCUUCUCCCCGACUACUACAACACCAAGGUAGUCGGGGCAUUGAUUGACCAAAAUGUGUUUAAGGACCUGAUUAAUGAAAAUCUGCCUGCCCUCCACCAGAAGCUUGAGGACCUAGGGCUCCUCAGCAUGAUCUCUCUGUCCUGGUUCCUCACUAUAUUCCUCAGUGUGAUGCCAUUUAACUGUGCUGUCAGCAUAAUGGACUGUUUUUUCUAUGAUGGCGCCAGGGUAAUCUUCCAAGUUGCCUUGACCAUUCUGGACAACAAACAAGAGGAACUUCUGGAGGCGAAAGAGGAGGGAGAGGCCAUGACGGUUCUCAGCUCUUACCUGGAGAACAUCACUAACAAGGACUCCACCAUGCCUCACAUUGCCCACACUAGCUCUAUGUGUGGUAGUCUGGCAGAGAAAAAGGAGCCCAGCGUAGACGUAGCCGUCCUUAUAGACGACAGCUACAGGAAGUACGGACACAUAUCCAAUCAGGACAUUGACAAACUCCGACUCAAGUACCGUCUCCAAGUGGUGCAGCACAUUGAGGACAGUACAAAGAAAAAUGUGUUACGGAGUGUCCAAACUCACACACUGUUCAAAGGAAAGGAGUUAGAUGAUCUAUUUAUUUUAUUUAAGGAGGAAUAUUUAACGUCUUGUUACUGGAGAACCAGUCAACAGCCUGCUGACAUGGGGGACAAAUUCGACCCAUCCAGACCUUACUACGAGAUGUACAAAAUUGAUUUUGAACAGUUCAAAACCAUGUACUUGUCUCUCUCCCCCUGGGCUUCUGGCCCAAGGGCAGGACACCUAGCCCAUAGGACAUUCAAGUUUCUUGAUGACAACAAAGACAACAUGAUUAAUUUCAAAGAAUUCAUGUAUGUGCUUGGGGUAGUCUGUAAAGGGGACAUAACCCAGAAGCUGAAGCUGCUGUACCUUCUGCACCAGUUAUCCCCCCAUGAAUUAGAGGACAUGGCUUCCCCGUCUCCUACAUCACCAGCCAGUUCAAAGACAGUAGAGAGCCCAGAAAGUGCGGUAGAGGCAGCUGAUUUCUUUGAUAGUGAUGCCAGUUCUGUUGAUGCACUACAAGAUGAAAUUGUACUGCCAGGCGACCCUGUUGAAGAAACACAAGAAGAAAGUCAAGAUACCCAGUCCAAGGAAGAACUCCCAUCUACAGAGCUCAUUCCUGACCAAGAUAACAACAAAAAGGCUGAUUCACAGGGAGCAGAGGGGGGUGGAUCACAGAUUGUAGGGGGUGGACCCUCAGGGGAUGUUGGAUUAGAUGUAUUACCAAAACCUGAAGAGGUCACAGCUGAGAAAGAAGCAGAACUUCAAGAAAGUUUAAAGAAGAUGUAUGCUAAGAAGAGGGAACUGAAUAGGAGUGAUAGCAAAGCAGAGUUUAAAGAUGUGCCUAGAAUGUCUCAAGCUCAAUUUAUUGACAUGUGGAGAACAUUAUAUGACAUGUUUACUGACAAUGAAUAUGAGCAACAACUUUACCAUUCCAUAGCAACAGUGGGCACAUUGCUUUUAGAAAUGGGGGAAGUAGGGAAAAAAUUCUACCUGCAAAAAUCAGUGUCAGAGAGCAGUACAGGUGAAAACUCAUCAACAAAGAUGGAAAGCUUAUCAGAAGAUGUUGAACAGCUAAAAAUGGAGGAAUCUAAGGACCCAUCAAACUCAACAGAAAACCAAACCAAGGAAGACUCAAGCUCAUCUCAGUCAGAAUUAUCUCAGCUUGAUGAGUCAUCAGCUGCAGGGGCCAGAAGCUCUUACUCUAAACCAGACUCCGAUUGGUCAAUAAGUUUUGAGCAGAUGGUAGCAUCUCUGUUAACAGAGCAACCGCUGGUCACUUACUUUGAGAAACAAUGUGAUAUGUCAGAGGCUGUGGCCAAAAUGAGAAACCGUAGACUCAUCACUAGGCAAUCUAGUCAUUUCCCUGAAAAGAAGAAAUGAAAGCAAUAAUGUUACAUGUAAUUGAUGUCUGUAAUUGUUUAUGCAUUUUAUUAUGAAAUUGUUGAUGGCAAACUAAUAGUUUUCUUGUAAUUAAAAGCUGCUAUGUGUGUCGAUGGUUAUUAAGUUAAAGAUUACAAAUGUGAUUAAUUUUGAAUAUCAAAUUAUAUAAAGGCUCAGCUAAGAGACUCAAUUUCAAGUCAUUUUAUGCAAUGUAUAGAAUCAAUUGUUUAUUGCAUGCAUUAAUUUUAUUUGCUUUUUUUAUGGAGAUCAGACAUUUGAUUAACAGCUGAUUAAUUGCAAUGACUGUAUGAAUGACAAAGCUUUGGUUUGUGUGAAGUGAUGUGUUAACUAAAUGCUCCAUAAAGCUUGCACUGCUUAUUAUAAGAAAAGGUUAUGGUUCAUAUUUUAUGUAGAAAUAUUUAAUUAUCCUUUUGUUCAAAUUAUUGUUAAGGGUUGAUAGGAAGGCUUUUAAAAAUAUUAAAUUGCAAAACAGUUUUAUAGUUAACAUGCUUUAUACAAUAUGAGUUUCUAACAGCUCAAAGUAAUUUUGAUUCUACGAUUCUAUGCAGUUUUUUAAAAGGAUAUAUUAUGAGCAGAGAUAAUGAAUUACAUUAAAAAAAAUCAAAAUUGUUGUCCAUUGCACUUCACUAUGAAUGUGAUUUAUGGUAUUAAUUUUUUUUAAAAAUCAGAAUAAAAAGCUGAUCUUUAAAAAAUGUGAUCUAAAUUAAAGAUUCACAUUCAAAUCAUACUUUUGGGAGUAAAUUAUCAAUUUUGUUUGCGAGUACCAACAAAAUGCAUUUACUUACCAGAUGUUACUGUCAGGUUUGUCAUGUUUUAUUUCAGGAAAUUGAGCAUACAUUGUAAACAGUCAUGAACAUUAAGUCAAGUUGAUGAUAUUGUUAUUGUCUUAUUAAUAUAUUUUUUGUCCAAUGUAUGAGUCACAGAUUAUAUAUUAUUUCUUGCAAAUACAGACACCAAAACAUUUUUUUUUCUAAUUAUACUAAAACUAUGUAUGCAAAGCAUUUCUUACUCUACCAUCUUUCAAAACUUUUUUCUGUCAUACACUUUUUUAUACAUUGAAGAACUGGUCUACUUGUUCAUGUUAUAUUUUUUACAGGUUAUUUUGGAGGUAAUUGCAAACAAGUUAAUGUUUUAAACUGCUAUAUUAUGGAUACAUGUUUCACCUGAUUAUUGUGCAAUAUAAUUUGAUGUAAAACAUCACCAAUACGGUAAUAAAAUUCAUCUCUUCCUUUA